CCUGAAUCCACAGUAAACACAAAUGGUCGAUACACCGAGAGCAAGCAAGCUAACAAGUACCUGAGCAGAAAGGCUGAGCUUUUACGUUGCUGUAGUGAUGCGUGUGUCCCAUCUGGUGUAGUUGGGAGCCUUCAGCUGAACCCCCUCCCUCUCCUGUUGCUGUCCCCCCACCACCACCACCACCAAAGACCUCCACCAACGCCACCUCCUUCCUCGUCCACCUCCUCUUCCUCCCUCCGGCCGCCCCUGUGAUGCCUCCCUCGUGCUGUGGCUGCCUGUCACAGUACACCCAUCAUCAUCUGGUUGCCUUCCUCCUCACCUUCUUUAGCUAUGUGUUACUGCAUGCGUCCAGGAAGACAUUCAGCAAUGUGAAAGUGAGCAUCUCAGCCCAGUGGACGCCAUCUGUCCAGAAUGACAGCGCGCCCGCUUUCUCCCCUGGCCAGACAUGGGAGGGCAAUCAUCUGUUUGCAGAUGAAAAGCAGGCCACUCUGUUCCUGGGAGCUCUGGACUCUAUCUUUCUCUUCUCAUACGCCUUGGGUCUGUAUUUCAGCGGCGUGAUCGGGGACAGGCUGAACCUGCGCUACGUGCUCUGCUUCGGCCUGUGUGGCUCUGCUGCAGUGGAGUUUGUGUUUGGCACUCUGACCGAAUGGCUCCACAUCUACAACAUCUAUCUGUACUGCGGCCUGUGGGUGCUGAACGGCCUGCUGCAGUCCGCCGUCUGGCCCUGCGUGGUGGCCGUCAUGGGCAACUGGUUCGGCAAAGCUGGGCGCGGCUUUGUGUUCGGACUGUGGAGUGCUUGUGCCUCCGUUGGAAACAUACUGGGUGCCUUCUUGGCAUCUAGCGUCCUCAAAUACGGAUACGAGUAUGCUUUCCUGGUGACAUCAGUGGUGCAGUUUGCUGGUGGGGUGGUGGUGUUCUUUGGCCUGAUCACGUCUCCAAAAGAAGUCGGUCUGAGUUUGGAGUCAGAGACUGGACUCGGCCCGGUGGAGACGGACACAGACAGCCACAGGCCUCUGAUGAGCGACGAGGAGGAUGAGGUGGAAGCGGAGGCGUACGGCGGACGAUACCAGUCGGUCCAGCAGCCGGACGAACCUCUGGCCGAGCCUCCUCAAGCCGUCAGCUUCUUGCAAGCUUUCGGUCUGCCUGGAGUGCUGCCCUAUUCGCUGGCGUACGCAUGUCUGAAGCUGGUCAACUACUCCUUCUUCUUCUGGCUUCCUUUCUACCUGAGCAACAACUACGGCUGGAAGGAGGCCGAGGCCGACCGCCUGUCUGUGUGGUACGACGUCGGAGGAAUCAUCGGUGGAACACUUCAGGGUCUGAUCUCUGACUUCAUGGGAAAGAGAGCACCGGUGUUGGCCAUAAGUCUGGCGUUGGCGAUGGGAGCUCUGAUUGGAUACAGCCACUCGCCUAAUGACCAGGUGAUCAAUGCAGCACUGUUGGCCACCACCGGCUUCUUUAUCGGCGGCCCGUCCAACAUGAUCAGCUCGGCCAUAUCUGCCGACUUGGGGAGACAGGAGGCUCUCAGGGGCAGUAAGGAGGCUCUGGCUACCGUUACCGGCAUAGUGGACGGAACUGGAAGUAUAGGAGCUGCUGGGGGACAGUACCUGGUGUCCCUGAUUGAGAGUAAGCUGGGCUGGAUGUAUGUGUUCUACUUCUUUGUGGUCAUGACAGGGGGCAGCAUUGUCUUCAUCACUCCGCUGCUCCUCAAGGAGGUGCGCGCCAUGUGGAGAGACCGACAAGCACUGCAGCGCCAGCUGUGAAAACCUCAACAUCUGCCAGGUGUAAAGUUUGAUCUUAUCACUGACAACACAGCAGGGUGCUCAGAAACUGCUCUUUGGGUGUGUUUUGGGAUGCUGAGAGCCACAGCGGUGAAGGUGCCCUGGAGUUUCGAGAGUCUCCUAACACCCAUGUGCACAGGCUAACAGUUUGAAUGCAAAACUGAUGUCUUAUCCACACACUAGAAGCCUAAAAUGUAAAUAUACACCUCCUGUAGGAUUAAUUCAAGGAUUUAGAGCUGAAGUGCCUGAUUGAAAGAAGCUUUCAGGCCUUGCAGGGCCAUCACAGAAUGAACUUGUGUAUAUAUUUUAGGUUUUAAAUGGUUGUAAAUACUUUUUACAUGCACUAUAGUUGUACUUGAAUCUUGAUCAAACAAUUUGGACUUUUAACCCAGGAGUUGUUCACUUCUGGUUUCUGGUUUCUUCUGGCCCUUUGGUGACAUUUCGGGGUUCAGAAUUGCCCAAAGAAUGUGAUGAAUCAUUUUGAUCUUGAAAUGUAUUGUCAGCUUUUGUACAUAUGUAUAAUGUUUUAGUUGUCUUUGGUCAAAAUAAUGAAUAUUGCACUCUGGGACUGAUCAAUAAUAAUUGAGAAAAGUCUGAAAAGAUUUGAGUGAACAGCUUAAAGAGUUUUGGUAAACUUUCACCUCACAGCCACUUUCUUUCUCUUCUUUACAUUUGAAUGUAAUCAGGGUUAGAAACUACUGUAAAGUGUUUUCUUCGGUGGGGGGGGGGGGUCCUCUCAUUACUGUAUAUGUGUCAAUCACUUUCUUGUUCAUCAUUCCAGUUUCCCUUCCUGUUCACUGGAAUGUUUACACCUCCAUUUUUUUAGUGUUACUGACGGAAACACACUCGGUCUUCAUCUCUGACAUUUUUGGUUCAAAGUGCAGCAACACUUUUCAGUGCUAACCGUAUACUGACAUUACAGAACAGCUGUUCCUGAUUGUAGCAGAAGCUGCACAUUUGUUUGUUUGAUUAACUUUACUAAAAAGUUUGUGUGUGUUAGUGGUUACGUUUAAUCAGCCAGUGAAAGAAAAAUAGUUAUUUUUACGUUGCAUUUACUGACAUGUCUGACACUAAAUUGUGGGAAAAUUAUGAUACAACACCAGCCUCAUGCGAGUGAAUGUUUGGACAAGUUAUCUACUUAACGGGAAACUGUGGUCCAUAACCAGUCAGCAUUUAGAGAAUGAUUGCUUUUGGUUCAAAUCAGUAAAACUGUGGAAUUGUCGACACAACAGGUCAUAUGUUCCCUCACGCAAAGAUUCACAAAUCAUGUAAAUUGCUUUUAACAUGCUGGAAGAGUGAUAUGAGGGAAUAUUUAUAUUAUUGUCAAACCUGAAGCGAUGGAGCUUAAAGUCUUAAAGAGAAUUGCCAAGCUCAUGUAACAGAAUGUAAACUGGAAUGUUUAAGUCAAUCUGUGGUCUUUUUUUUUCUUUCUUUUUUUACAUUUGUUUUAUUUUUAUUUAUGUGUACUCUUCAAGUUUUACCAAUGUAAACGCAAUUUUCCUUUGAAAUAAAUGCAAAGCAAAUUUUGC